AUCUACCAUCAGUAAUGCGGUUUUUGAUAAAUAUUGAAGCUUUUAUUCUAACCCAUGAAUAAAUUUGCCACCAUUCCUUGUUCUGUUCGAUUAUUGUCAAUCGGUUCUUAUGUUGAACUCAUCGAAGCCAACAGUCGAGAUCGACUGCUUUGUGGAGGAAGAGUGCUUCAUGCUCAUUUAGUGACAUCUGGGAUUGCUCGCUUGACGAGAAUUGCUGCUAAGCUUGUAACCUUUUAUGUUGAAUGUGGGAAAGUUUUAGAUGCGAGGAAGGUGUUCGAUGAAAUGCCCAAGAGAGAUAUUAGUGGAUGGGUUGUCAUGAUUGGGGCUUGUGCUCGAAAUGGGUAUUAUCAGGAGUCUUUGGAUUUCUUCAGAGAAAUGAAUAAAGAAGGUUUAAAACUUGAUGCUUUCAUUGUUCCUAGUCUUCUUAAAGCCAGUCGCAAUCUGCUUGAUCGAGAAUUCGGGAAGAUGAUACAUUGUCUUGUGCUGAAGUGUUCGUUUGAGUCUGAUGCUUUUAUAGUUAGUUCGCUUAUUGACAUGUACUCGAAGGUUGGGGAGGUGGGGAAUGCUAGGAAGGUGUUUGAUGAUUUGGCUAAACAAGAUUUGGUCGUGUUCAAUGCUAUGAUCUCCAGUUAUGCUAACAAUAGCCAAGCAGAUGAAGCAUUGAACUUGGUGAACGAUAUGAAACUACUCGGAAUAAAACCGGAUAUUAUCACUUGGAAUGCUCUAAUUUCAGGGUUCUCGCAUAUGGGAAACGAAGAAAAAGUAUCUGAGAUUCUUGAGUUGAUGUGUUUGGAUGGUUACAAUCCCGACGUUGUGUCCUGGACUUCUAUUAUAUCAGGCCUUGUACAUAAUUUUCAGAAUGAGAAAGCUUUUGAUGCUUUUAAAAAGAUGUUAACUCAUGGGUUGUAUCCAAACUCAGCUACGAUCACAACUCUUUUGCCUGCUUGUACCACACUUGCUAAUAUGAAGCACGGGAAGGAGAUUCAUGGUUACUCGAUAGUCACUGGACUAGAAGAUCACGGUUUCGUUAGAAGUGCUUUGCUCGAUUAUUAUGGGAAAUGUGGAUUUAUAUCAGAAGCAAUGAUCUUGUUUCACAAAAUGCGAAAGAAGACAACAGUUACUUUCAACUCGAUGAUCUUCUGUUACGCGAAUCACGGGCUCUCAGACAAAGCAGUUGAGCUAUUUGAUCAGAUGGAAGCCACGGGAGAGGAACUCGACCACUUAACAUUCACGGCCAUCCUCACAGCCUGCAGCCACGCAGGGUUAACUUAUAUUGGACAAAAUUUGUUCCUUUUGAUGCAAACCAAGUACAGAAUCGAGCCGAGAUUGGAGCAUUAUGCUUGUAUGGUGGAUCUUCUCGGCCGAGCAGGGAAGCUUGUUGAGGCCUAUGAAAUGAUCAAGACUAUGCGAAUGGAGCCAGAUUUUUUUGUGUGGGGUGCUUUGUUAGGUGCGUGUAGGAAUCACGGGAACAUGGAGCUUGCAAGGAUUGCAGCAAAGCACUUAGCAGAGCUCGAACCUGAGAACUCAGGGAAUGGUUUGCUUCUGACCAGUUUAUAUGCCAAUGCUGGUAGUUGGGAAAGUGUUAAUGGUACAGACUACAAGUUUGAGUUUGUGAGCAAUUUAUAUACUGAGUAUGGUUGGUUCACGAGGUUGUUUAUUACAUUAGAGGCAGUGAAUCCAACAGAAGAUUCUCCACUCACUUUUGAGACAUGUGUUCAGCUUGAUGAUCGUCGAGAACCAGAAGUUGUGCAAUUAUUUUGGGAGACAUAUUUUUGCAAUGUGGAAGGUAAUGAAGUGGGGGAUCAUGAGUGGGACAAUGAGGGAAUAGAUGACUGGUACAAAGGUGAAUUUGCCCAAAUGGUUGUUUGAUGAUGAUGAUUUGUAAGAAGAUACAGAGUUGUUUGGCAUGGAGAAUGAGUGGUUGCAUCUAUUCACUGAGUUUGUGUUCAACACGAAAUGGAAUGGCACAGUUUUCGCUGAGAGAUAUUGCGGAAUGUCUACUGUUGGAGACUCAAAAGUUGGUUGUGGAAACUCGAGGAGAAGAUGAAAUAGAGCCGUCUUAGAAGC